AUGAUACUUGACCGCUGCCGAGACCUGGUUGCCGAAUCGUGUAUCGCACAGCGUACGAUUCCGAAGGGGCCAUUGUCCUUUAACUUUGGUGGUUACGUACAACUGGGCGCUGGUGCUGGCUCAUCCGUGAGGAGUAUGGAAGGCUGCGUGGACAAAGUUGUGGUGCAAAAUGAGCUACUUGAUUUUUAUGAGGCGACAUCAGAUCAGCCAUCAAAACAAGGAUGUUUAAAUGCUGCACAGGGUUGCUUCAAACAAUCCCAGAGUGUGUGUGGGGCCUACGGUGUUUGCAAAAAUGCGUUACGAGCUACGGACAUGCUGACUUGCAUCUGUCGCCCUGGUUAUCGGCCGGACACCAGUACCGGUUUUACUCCGGACAGAUGGCCCUGCAAUUUUCCGUCACAUUCCUGGUCAGUCACUUCAAAUCCGUAUAACGCAAAGUUCUUAAGUAAAGUUCCAGCUCGGAUUCGAUUGAGCAUGCGAACUCGAAAUUUGACGUUUCGGAUUUUCGUAGUGGCUGCGUGGAAUUUAUACCUGACGGCCACAAACGGAAUUCCGAAGCUACAACUACGUGAUCAGUUGAUUGAACUAAAAAAUAUCAACGUUUCGGAUGGCAACUGGCAUUUAUAUGAAAUCACUAUCACUCCCAGCAUCAUGGAACUACAAAUUGAUGAGCUUGACAAAGACUUCUUUGAAACACUUCGUGUGGGCUACUUCCUCAUUCCUCAGGGACCAGCUGACGUCGUCAUUGCAAAGGACGCUGAUACUCCCUGCAUAGACGAUGUAUGGGUGGAUUUUCGGGAUACAUGGAAAAAUACAGAAUACGAUUACCCUUUUGAAAAUCCAGUCAAGCCGUCCUAUACACGCUAUGUUACCUGGUCAACACAAGGUCUAACUUCAACGUGUCCGCCAGGAUCACCUCAAUGCUUUUCUACCGGGCAAAAUGUUUCCGUCUGUGACGCCACAGCAGUUUGUGUGGACGAGUGGAGGGGAGUUCGAUGCGAAUGUCCAGUGGGAUACGUAAUGGAUCAUAAAGGAAUUUGUCAUCUCGAACAAUGUUUUCCGAACCCUUGCCUGCACGGUGAAUGUGUCAGUUUUACUCAAACACAAAAUUUCACAUGCCAGUGUCUUCCCGGUUGGACUGGUGUGCACUGCGAAAUCUCGGUAUUGCCCAUGUCGUCCGGGUUGGAUUGGUGGUGGAUCUUGUUGGUCGUUUUACUAAUUCUUCUCAUAAUUCUACUUGCGCUCUCGCUGGUGUGGUGCUGUCCCCGAAAGAAAAAGCCGACUGCAUCUACAGGCACAAAGACGUCUCUGGACAAUGAACAAUUCGGUACAGAUAAUCAGUUGAACGAUACAUGGGAUUCAGGCGACAAAGCAUUUUCUGGACCCUUCAACACUCCUGUUAUACAAGCGGGCACGAAAGGGUCACAGCUGGAUGGAAUAAUAAACUUUCGAAAUGGGGACAUUCCAGAUAACACAGUCUACCUAUACGGCAACCAGCCAUUUUCAGUCCCUCGAGAACAUGGUCAGAAAACAUCCACCGUUCCACCUUGGGAGAAAUUUGAAGGUAAAGAAAACCCUAAUAUAAACUUGGACCAAGCACUGGAAUAUGGCUAUGAGGGAUUCGAUGGACGGCCGCCGCCGGAAUUUUGUGCGGAUGAACCUAGUUCGCUGGUGGAAGAUGAGGAGAAUGCUGACUGGCUGUUGAGGUAUUCCUCGAGAAGAGCUAGUAGUCAUGUUCUUCCGAGGCCCUAA